AUGACCAGCAAUGGCCUGCGCACGCAGUACCCCUACGAGGGCGGCAUGCUCAGCCCUCGCCCGCUCUACGACUUCCCCUCGCCGAGCUCCAACUACCCGUCUGGACUGGGAGCGUCGUCCCCGAGCUUCUUCCCCAUGGCCUACCAGAUCUCCCCACGGUUCGGUGCUAGCGCCUUCAUACCUCCGCCAGACGUCUUCGGCGACCGCAGGGACACGGUGCGCGAGAAUGGCGGCUACACACCGCGCGACCUGAGGAAAAGAAGCUCAGACGUCAUGAAUACAGACCCCGUUGCAAUGCACCUGCUGGUGGAGACAGCCAUAGGCGACAGUCAGUACUUCGACAUCCUGACCGUGGAGGAGGUGGAAGCCCUGAAGCAGGAGCAGAAGGCGCUCGAUGCGCGCUUAGGCACGAUCAGGAGGAAGCUGGAGUCCGAGACCAAGAUCCGCGACGCAACACGCUCGCUCACUCGACUGGCGUCAAAGAAAGGCAGCGGACAUCGCAGGGCACCCAGCAGCAAGGGCAGCAACUCAGUACAGGAGCAUGACGAGCAGUCGCAGGAGGUGCUUGAGGCUAGCAACAAGAAGGUCGAGGGAUUCAUCAGGGACCUGCUGGAGAUUGAGUCUCGAAUGCGCAUGAUUGACAUGCAGCUGCUCAUGCACACAGCUGCUGUGCUCCAACUCACACACCGAGGCUCCAACAAGCGCAAUGAUUUUGGCCCACUGUCAGACGAUGGCAUGAAAAGACCGGACAGCCCCGCCAGUCUCGAGACAUACGAAGUUGGCAGAGCCAAUGGUGUCGACGACGGAGAGGACACAUUUGACGACAGGAGCUUCUACAGGACACCAGAGAACCUUGACAGUCUUAUGACGGCAUUGCAGAACGGCACCCACCACCGUUCGCAGUCUGUGGAUCGCCAGGACCAGGCACUGAUCGCUAUGGGGCGACGUCUGGAGGAACUGAACGACUGUCUGCGGGAGCUCAUCGUACAAGCAAACCCAGAACGCAAUGAGGACUACGCUCUUCCACCGCAAUCACUGGGAGGUUUGCCGGACGCUUCGAGUAUCGACCGUCAGCUCGACUUUCUUGACCAAGGUCUUCGUGACACCAACGCUGAGCUUGCAAGUAUACGCAGUAAGACUCGGCACUUAAUGAGCGAGGUCGAAGGCCGCCUUGAGGGUAUCAACAACCAGCUGUAUGGCGUACUCAGCAGAUCUACGCCUGCUAAUGCUGAGCCAAUCCAGCCUCCUCCACCGAUCACAGGAGGAGGACAGGUCGACCAGUUCAACUACAUGGAAGGCUCUCUGUACAAUCUUGAACAGAUACAAGAUUCUUUGAACAGUCGACUAGACGAAUUGCGCUCGAAGCCUGCAGACAAAGAGGGCGCCGAAAAGGCUGAAAAAUACGAGACAACGCUCAUGGGGCUAUGGCAGAUCAUUCAGGCCGGCGAAGAAGAGGCCCGUGAACGCAAACGAGAGCGCCGUCGUGUGCUUGCUGACGACCCUGACGCAAGUGACGAGCUCUCACCUGACGAAGACUACAGCGCCAAUGAAUCAUUCUCGUUGCCAGCGUUUUCGAGUAAAGUGCAAUGGCUCUUCAGCCGUGCCAUGGGAAUGAAAGACAAGCACUCGGUACUUCUUCGACAAAUCAAGCAGCAGCGCGAGCUCAACAACAAGUCGGAUGCCCAGAAGGAAGAGCAGUUCCAGCGCCUGAACGAGCAAAUCUUCAGUGCGAGGUCUGAGAAGAAAACGAUGGAAGAUGAGCUCGAGCGUGCAAUGAGCCAACUCCAGCAGUUUGAUGAGCAGAAAAUGCAGGCUGAGCUGGAGGCCAUGCGGGACACACAAGAGCGCAAUGCAGGUCUUGAGGCUCAGCUUAUCAACAUGCAAGAACGCCUUGCCGCGUUCGACAAGGACCUCAAGGAAUCUCGAGAUCGCGCCGUUGCCUACGAGAACCAACUCAAGGAUGUACAAGUGAGUGCUGUGGCGUACCAGAAGCAAUUACAGGAUGCCGAGGAACGUAAUGCUGCGCUUGAGAAGGAGCGCAAAGAGAACCAGGAGGCAACUUCGUUGUACAACGUGAAGAGUAGGGAUGUAGAGGAUCGCAGCGCAGGCUGGGAGGCCCAGAUUCGGGAUGCUCAGGAGCGAGCUGUCACUCUAGAAAGCCAGCUGAGAGAGGCUCAAGAGGCACAGGAUGAAACUCGUGUUGAAGCUGCAGCAACCCAAGCGGAGCUGGCGCAAGCUCGUGCUAAGAUUGACGAUGUAGUCGUUGUUCUGAAGUCUGCCAUUAUCGAGAAGGAAACUGCUGAAGCUCGCUCUCUCGAAGCCACAAACGCGCUGAACGCUAAAGAGGAAGAGUACCGCAAUCUCGAAGGGGAUAUCGUUCGUCUUACCACUGAGCUCACCUUCGCCAAGGCCGAACUUGAUGGCGCUUAUGGCAGUCGUUCGCAGCGCGCUGCUGAGUCUGCCGCCAACCCUGCAAUCAAGAAAGAGCUUGUCGAGCUCACUGAGAGAAAUCAGUCUCUUCUUGCCGAGCUGGAGGCUCUUGGUAGGCUGCAAGACGUAGCAUCUCAGUCCGAAGCAGAGGCUCGCCAGUCCGAACGCAACCUCAAGGCCGAGCUUUCCGGUAUGGCGUCCGAAUAUGAAGCGCUCACUCGCGACGCAAUUCAGAACGAGAAGGACCGCGAGACCCUCGAAUCUCAGGUUGACAAGCUGCGUCGCGAGAAGGAGGCGUUGGAGCGCGAUCUGAAUGACGAGAAGGUUAGGUGGCUUGGCGUCCGCACACCAGGUACACCGGCUGGUGGCCCCGGUCAGCAGCUAGAUAUGGGAGCCACUAGCAUUCGCAUGAUGCGAGAUGAGUUCAGGAAGAUGAUGAGGGACCGCACGGCCGAGGGACUCAAGGCCUUGAGGGUUGAGCAAGAAGAACGCCGCAAGCUCGAAGCUGUGGUUCGCCAGCUACGCAAGGAUGCAUCACCCGCACUGCGACCGACCUUAUCUCGCCAGACAACGCAAACAUGA